UGUCGCGGCGGCGUACAUACGUGCGCGCACACACACCGCACUUCCGAUCGCAAAGUUCAAACGCGCGCGAACGAACGAACGAAGGAAGCAAGGAAGGAAGAAAGAAAGAAAGGAAGGAAGAAAGAAAGAAAGAAAGAAAGAAAGAAAGAAAGAAGGAGAAAAAAAACGAUAGCUUUUUUUCCUUUUCUUUUCUUAUCACCGUUCGAACGAAUUCAAUUACGAAAAGUUUUCCUAUUUUUUCACGUUUCUCUCUUUUUUCAUUUUUCCGUUUCAUUCCUUCGUAAUUCUUAGAAAUAGUAUCGGUGAAAUUUUUUUCCUCUCAUUUAUUAUCAUCGUCAUCGUCGUUAUUAUUAUUGAUAUUAUUAAUUUUAUUUUAUUUAUUUAUUUAUUUUUUUUUUUUUUAUUAUUACGAUUAUCAAAAUUCUUUCUCUCUCUCUGUCCCUCUCUCUCUCUCUUUCUUUCUCUCUCUUUAAUUUUCUUUGCGAAAUAUGUGUGUCACGUGUUUUUAUGUGUAUUUCUAAAUCCACCUGCUGUUCUAAUCUUUGACGCCUCCACUUCCUUCCCUUCUCUUUCUUCUUCGUCUUCCUUUUUUUCUUCUUCUUCUUCUUCUUCUUCUUUUUCUUCGGCUGUUCUCUGAAUGGGAUUAUAAGAGACGAGAAUACGUUCAUGUUGCUGCUGCUGCUGCUGUUGCUGUUACUUUGGCCCUUUUGAAACGUGCUCGUGCGCGGGAAAAUCGUUACGGACGCCAACGUUCUUCAUCGUCUUCCGCAUUCUCUUUCCUUUCGAACGAUCGUGAAACGAAUAGGAAGAGAAGAAGAAGAAGAAGAAGAAGAAGAGAGAACGAGAGAGAGAAGAGAAAGAAGAGAGAUCGCAGAGGAGAGCGAUUUUCUUAAGCUCUGUUAGAAUGGCCUGAGCCAAAGAAAAGUGACUUCUUCAUGGAUCGUUCACGAAAAUCGAGAAAUGUCGCGUCAUCAUCGUGGACCUCCGUCGAAGUCGCGAGACAAAUCAGACGACGAUUCGCGUGGCGAUUCAGGAUGACCGUAAUCGAUUUUCGAUCGAUACUGAUUUUCAUCGCACUCAUGCUCGUCAACGUAUCAUCUUCGCAUAUACCAGAAAAGUAUCCGAUCGAAGUAAGUUUUCACACAGGUUUAUCAUAUGCUACAGGAGAGAACUCAAUUUGGAAUUGGUCGCGAGAAUCGUGCGAGAGGUAGUUGGGGUACCUGGAGCAGCUGGAGCGAAUGUUCAAGAACCUGUGGCACGGGUAUCCAAUCUCAAUCACGAGAAUGCGUUCCUCUCCGAAAAGAUUUAAGAAAACGAAGCGUUAUCACGGAUAAUGGCAUGACACCGAACAAAAGGCCCAUCUGUAUCGGCACAUACAAGAGAUAUCAUACGUGCAACACACAGGUAUGUCCGAACUUUGCCGAGGAUUUGCGAGCGGAACAAUGCGCUAAAUACAAUGGAAGAAAUUACAAGGGACACGUCUACACUUGGAUUCCAUUUUUGGAUGCACCGAACUCUUGCGCGCUCAAUUGCCGUGCAGUCGGGCAGCGUUUUUACGCAACGCUUGAACCGGCAAUAAUGGAUGGCACACCCUGCGACGGUCCAAAUCUUCGUGGACAUAAUGCCGGAAUUUCAAUGGAACGUACGGAACGUUGGCUCUGUGUCGCUGGACAAUGCAAGUCCGUAGGUUGCGACGGUGUGAUUGGUUCAGGAGCAACGAUGGACGCAUGUGGUGUUUGUGGAGGGCGAGGACAAGGUUGCAGACUAUUCGAAGGUAUCUUCAUGGAACCAAUCCUACCAAAGGGUCAUCAUUCGAUAACAACGAUUCCAAAAGGUGCCAUGUCUCUGAACAUCUCUGAGUUACGUUUCAGCUCGAAUUUCUUAGCACUCAGGGACAGCAAUGGCAGUUACGUUCUAAACGGGCCCUGGUCUUACAGUCCCAGUGGCACUUAUAAAGCGGCUGGCACGACAUUAACAUACCAAAGGGGAGAUAGAAACCGCUUGGAGUGCAUCUUGGCGACUGGACCGUUGAACGAUUCUCUGCAGUUAGAAAUCUUAUUUCAAGAAUUAAAUCCCGGUGUUCUCUACAAAUACAUGUUGCCAUUAAAAGAAACAUUAAACGGAGUAGGAGGAGGAGGAAAUUUUGCACCACCUAUUUUCAAUCCAAUAUCGAGCAAUGAUCAAAGAGGCAAUGAAAUUCCCGACGGUGGUUCUCAUGGAAUUGUAAAUACUCCCUCGACGAGAACAUCCAUUCGUAGAAAUGAUUUUUCUCAGUCGCGAGGAUUUAUUAAUCACGAUCGUACAAGACACUCGUCACGAACCGAAGAAAUGAAACGUCCUCCAACCACAGUGAUGGCCGGCGAUCAACCUAAUUCAAAAAUGAAAAAGAAAAAACGCAAGAAGUUUGUCUGGAAAGUAGUAGGUGCAACGGCCUGUUCGAAAGAGUGUGGGGGAGGCAUACAAACGUCGAUUUGGACGUGUGUACGUGAGGAUAACGAGGCAAUAGCACAUGAAAAACGUUGUCGUAAUUCGGAAAAACCUGUUGCUUCUAAAGUGAUGCGAUGUAACGAACAGCCUUGUCCAGCCAGAUGGAGAGCAGAAAAUUGGAGCGAAUGUUCAGUCAGCUGUGGCGUUGGCAGACGAACGAGAAAACUCGAAUGCGUGCAAGAAUUAAAUUCGAAAUUGACGAUGCGUGUUGCGUUAGGUGCUUGCGUUCAACCACCCGAUUUAAAGACCGUAGAACUUUGUUCGAAACCAGCCUGUCCGAUUAUGAAUACACCUGAGUUGAGACAUAUGGAGCCAUUGUCAGUAUCAAUAUCUUCAUCAUCGACGGCUCAAACUUAUUCACAAUCGACGCAGAAAUGGAAUGUCGGAGCUUGGGGUCCAUGUUCAACUACUUGUGGAAAAGGAUUUAAAUUUCGCACGGUUACCUGCAUAACAUCCGGUGAAGCAUGUCCAUUAUCGAGCAAGCCUUCAUCUCGAGAAGAGUGUGACAAUCUAUCGUGUUUAGUCAGUAAUAAAAAUGAAAGAAGCUCUGAACGACGUGCUCCAUGGUUAUAUUCUGCUUGGUCACCUACGUGUUCCAUGGAAUGCGGUAAAGGAAUCGAAAGUAGACGUGUGGCUUGUUCCGAAGGAAGCGAAUUAUUUUGUGAUCCCAAGGAGAGACCGGAAACGGAGAGACAAUGUUUCGGAAGUGGAAUGAAUUGCGAUGAUGCUAAAUGGUUCACCGGGCCAUGGACUUCCUGUUCCGUAUCUUGUGGAAUUGGUAUACAAUAUCGAGACGUGAUAUGCAUUUCAAAAACCGUGAGACAAGAUGAUGGAGAAUAUAUUGUGCUAGCAAUGAAAAAUUGUAAUGGCACGAAGCCAAGAAGUGAACAAGUUUGCGAGGCAACACCUUGUUCUGCGGAAUGGUAUAUUUCCGAUUGGUCCCAGUGUUCAGUCACAUGCGGCAGUGGCGUGCAAAAAAGAUUAGUCCGUUGCAUCCUUGAAGGUAUUAGUAGCUCAAAUUGCAAAGAGUUUACUAAACCAAACGAAUUGCAACGAUGCAACGUUGACCCAUGUAAAAAGGACAUCACGAUACUAAAUAAACCACCAAAAAGUAAUUUUAGAAUCAUCCGAAUGUGUGGACAAGUAUCCAGAAUGCGAUUUGGCGGUCAAGAGUGGACUAUGUCACAGGAAGUACUACAGACACUCUUGUUGCCGAUGUCGAGACUAGUCUCGUACUAUUUAAUGAUAAUUGAAAAAUGAAAAAGAAUCGUAUCGAUAAUUGAUAUCGUUUAAUUCGAACAGGUUCGUAACCCUUAUUAUAUCAUUCUCCUCUUCUCUUAGGUCAUUUAUAUCUCGUAAUUCGUAUUUAAUGAAAAAGUAUUGAGAUAGGAAGGCGAGUGAAUCAAGCUCGUUUAUAAAGACUGUUGUUUGAGAGGAAAAGUGUCGCGCAUAUUUUAUUUAUAUUCUAUAUAUAUAUAUAUAUAUAUAUAUAUAUAUAUAUAUAUAUAUAUAUGUAUAUACAUAUACGAUUUUAUCAAAUAGUUGUAUUGUAACUUAAACUUAGCCACAUUUUUAGCUGUCACGCUCGCGAUAGGCUGCAUUUAAUAUCAAAUAUUUCACCUCUAUAGAUCUAUUGAAAAUUAGAAUGAGAUCUGACUCUAUUCUCUCGUAAUUAAUCAAUUAACGAAUGUUUGCUAAAUUGGUAAACGCAAAAAUAAUUUCACCGUUAUAGAUUCUUUACAAUCGAUUAUAAUCGAAAAUUGGAUUGAUGAUAGAUCGUUCGAAUUUCUUUUCACGUAUACAGGGUGUCCUAAAAAAGAUGGAAAUCUUUUUAAGAAACUAUUAAUUUUAGGACAUCCUGUGUAUAUAUAUAUAUAUAUUCGAGAUUUUCGAAUUAACAUCAUCCGACAUCGAAUCUAUAUAUACCUCGAAACAUAUCGUAGAAUUAUUAAUAAAUUUUAUUAUGUAAAAUCUGAUUAAAGAAGUUUCACUUCUUUCAUGGAUGACAAAAUGUUUUUGCACGAAAGCAUGAUUAUUAGGAUCAUAUUAAAUAAAAAUAUAGUCAAUCGAUGUAUAAGUCUCAUUGUAGAUGCUAGCAUACUACGAAUGAAGCAAUACAUUAGCGAUACUUAGCUUUUGUGCCACGAAUAUCCCUUAAAAAAAAAAGAAAAAAAUAACGUGCUCGAUGUUCAUUGUGCAUAGCAUGUAAGACGAUUUGACGAAUUUUAUUUAACAUUUAUUUUUUUAUUUCUUUUUUUUGUCGUUUUCAAGAUCAAUCGGUCAUUAGUAAGAAUUGUAAAAGUUUUGUGAUAGAAAUAUAAAAAUAAUUCCGAUUGUUAGAAGAUAAUAACAAUUUACUUUUGAGAAACGUCAGCAUUCCGUUAAUUAUUUCAUUAAUUAUCCUUGAUACUUGAAAAACUUAACUGGAAAUAGUUUAUUUGGUAAGUACACAUUGAUAUAUACAUACAAUAUAUCCGUGAUAUUUGAUAAAUUAAUAAUUUUCAAUCGUGUAGCGCCUUAAUCAUCGCAACCCGUCGUGUCUCUACGCAUAUAGAGAGAAAGAGGAAAUAUAAUGAAAACUAUUGCGAGUAUGAGAUGUGAAAAUGGAUUCUACUAUUAAUUUUCCACUCAAAAGAUUCCUGAAACGAUAAAAAAAUAUAUUAAAAGGAAAAUAAAACGAAAAAGAAGAAACAUAAAUAAUAAUCGUUAAACUUGUCGAACAAUUAUGAAAAUUCAUCGACAUUUUAAACAAACACGGACGUUACCGUCUCGUUAUUCGUAGAACGUACGAAUCUACAUCGUCGUAUCUAUUUUUGACCUAGUUAUAUAACUAUAAAUAUGUAUAUUCUCUUGAAUAUACAUAGUCGAACAAAAGCAUCGUAUUCGCGAAGAAAUGUUAGUCUCGUCUAAGAACGUAAUACGAUUGAAACUAUGAUGCUAUGAUAAUGAUUUUUUCACUAUCAUUCAUCAUAAUUUAAUAUCUCUUAAAUUUCGUUAUCGUAUUUUCUUUCAAACAUAUUCGCGAAGAAAUAGAUCAUUUUCUGUAUACAUUGUUUGUUUAAUUAUAACAAGAUCAAGUUUUUCUCUACAUUUUCGUGAUAUGGAUCGUGAUAAUGAUCAACACAUAAAGGUAUUAUGCAAGGGAUUAAAAGGAGAGUAUCAGACUGACACAAUAAGAUCGGUAUUAGUUGUACAUUUAAAAUUUCUGUUUGUGUACUUGGCAUGAAUUGGUGUAUUCCUUUGUAGACUUAAAAAUGAAAUUAAUUUACAAAUGUUUUAUAAUUAUUCGUGAUAAAAGAUAUUUGUAAUCAGCCAAGUCCACUUAACAUACUUUUUAACACACUAUCCACCAUUUUUUAAAUAUUUCCAAAGGUUUUCACGUAACAACACUUCGUAUAAUAAAUAUAAAAAUGUAUUAUAUAUUAAUAUAAUAUACAAGUCGUGAUCAAGUGUUAAAAAGAUGUGUUAAACAAGAUAGAAUAUACAAAAGAUAGAAUUGACGUAAGAAAUACAUAAAUGCAAAAUGUUCAAAUUUUUGUCAGUCACGUUAAAUACUAUUGUUAGUAGAUAUAAAUUUGAACAAAUGUAAUAAUCUCGAUUGUUAUUUAAUUGCAACCUUUUUAAAAUUUCUUCGAAGACAUUAUCAUUCUUAUGAAGCUCGUUUUUCUGCUUCGCUAUUCAAUUUGGCACCCUUGCCAGUCCAUCUCUCUUUCAAUUCAACCUUCAAUCCUAAGUCUCUUAAAGCAGCCUUUAUAUCGCUUUCUCCUUUAGUUCCAUGUAUCUUUAGAGCAUUGUUUAAUAUUUCUUCAACGCCAUAAGCAAUAAAUUCUUUGCAUUCCAAUUUGUUCCUUACAGACAUAUUUCUUAUUGCCCAAGCUGCUUGCUUUAAAACGUUUAAGUUUUUAAGAUAGGACUUCAUACAAUCGAUGAUUAUUCUUGGUGCUCCGCAAUCAUAAAACACUCCUGCGUUUGAUGGGCUUCUUAAUGUUAACGCAGAGAUACAUGCAAGUCCAGCGAUAACAAUACCUUCAAAUUUCUACAAAUUUAAUAACAAUGAUAAUAAUAAUGAUUAAUAAUAAUUAAUAUCUCUUUUUAAACAAGGUUUUAUCCAAGAUCCAAGAUGCUUACCUUGAAUCUGCUGAUUACAGAAACUAUUAAAGGUCCACCUCCUGCAGUCACUAUGUGCGAUUUCACAUUGUCAUUGCCAGCAAGAGCUUUUAAUAAUUUCAAAGCUUGCCAAUUUAAUUUCUCAGAAUCAGGAUAAUUAAUGAUAAUGUCUAGAACAAAUUUUAAGCCACCCGCAUCUGUCACGUCCUGACAAAAUUCAUUUCUUACGAUUAACGAAGCCAGUGUGAUCAUCAGGUCACCCAUUACCGCUUUCUCGUUUUUGAAUCCUAUAUGAAACAAACGAAGAAACGCAUGUACCUUUGACAUGCAGAAGUAUUUUUAAAUAUCCAUGUAAUUCGCAUAGAAAUAUUUACUUAUUUAACAUUAAAUCAGGUUCAAGAAAAAUAUCAUAAGGAAAAAUGACUCUUAAAUAUAAAUAUAGAAUAAAAAGAAAAUGAAAAAUGAAUAGUAACGCAAUAUAAUAUUUACUGGACAAUAAACCAGUAAGUACAUCCAAUGCACCCCUUGCUAUAACCGUCGCAUGUUCAUGUGCUUUUCCAUAUUCAUGUCUAAUAUCAUCGUCUAAUACAAGUGCUCUAAUUACGGAGCAUGCAUCUCGUACUUCCGAUGCUGUCGCAUUAUCACGAGUUAAUAUCUUUUUAAGUCUAUUAAAAAUAUCAGCAUUAAAUAUGUUUUGUCUGUUUGCUUCGUGUUUGAUACAACAUGCUCUUAUCCAACGUAACAAACAUUGUAACACCAAUUUGUCCUCCUGUUUAUCUAAAAUUCUACAAAAUAAAAGAAUUUCUCUUUGUUAUAAGUAUUACAUAAUCGACGUAAGCUAAUACAAUGGAUAAGAUAAAAUAUUUUACACACUCCAUUUGAAUAGAAACACCUUUGUCAUCUAAUAAAUCUGGAUUACCAGUCAUUAGCGAGGUAAUAGUUUCUAACGCAGAUUUAAGUAUCAAAGUAUCAUAUUUGCAAUCUUUCAUAAUGUUAAGUAAAAUACCAUAACAACCUCGUUUUCCAGCAUAUACUCUACGUGCAAUGUCCUUAUCUAAUUGGACAGAAAGCUUAUCCAACACAUGAGGAAUUUUUUCAUAAUGUUUUUUGGUCAGAGCAGAUCUAAGUUGAUCUAGGUAAGUCAAUAUUAAAUCAUGAUCUUGCGUUAUAAUUAAAUCUUUAAUAAUAUUGCUUAGAUCUACUCCCUAUAAAAGAAAAAAGAACAAUGUAUUACGAAAGAGCUUGUUAUUAUAUAACGUAUAUAAAAUAAAAAAGAAAAUUAAAAUAAACUAUACGAUACUCUAAUUAUAAUGUAAUAAUAAUAUUUAUAAAUUCAUUGCAUCGAUUAAGAUUUUUCAAUGAAAAAGCAAAUGAUUUUCAUAGACAUAUAAUCUUACAAAUAUAAAAA